GACAAUUUUAACUUAGCCAUCCCUAAUUUAUCUCAAGCUUUUUCAAUUCAUCUUCACUGCUCUAUGCACACUGGAACACCAGAUUGUCAACCCCUGGGAAAGGAAAGCAGCCAGGGAUCUAGAGAGCUGUCACAUCCUGAGAAAUAUUUAAAUUGUGCUGAUUUUCUUCUGGAGUGCUGAGCAGAGGGAAUGAAACUCUCCAUCAAGUCAUAGCUUUGCGGGCAAUAGAUCAGAGGAUACUGCCAGUUUUCCUAAUGGAUUAUUGUUAUCGGGCAGGUUCUUCCUGAAGAUUAUUUUAAGUGAAGCAGCCAUAGCUUGGAUUUCAUGGUGUGACCUUAAAAUUUAGUGUCAAGCCCUUCAGAUAGCUACUAGAUUUGGCAAGGUUAAAAGAUAGUCAACCUGUUCCUUGACCUGAUAAGAGGACAACUGGACAUUGUGACAGUUUCUCACUUGGAUCUCCAAAUGGUAAGGCAUUCUGCUAGGAGAGUUCUCAUGUCUUUCUUAUGAGCUGUUGUGAGAUGACUUUGCACUGAAGUUUUCAGUUCCUGCAUCUGGUGGCACAGAUGAAAUGUUGUGACACUACCGUAUGCAGUUCUUCACGAGACACAACUUGAAAUAUUUUGAUAAAAUGAGAUGCUUGCGGAAACGAUCAGCAGUGUCGUUCUUAGGAAUCCUUGUUGUUUGCUUGCUCUUCAUGAACUUGUACAUUGAGGAUAGUUAUGUUUUGGAAGGGGACAAGCAAUUAAUCAGAGAGACAGCCACGCACCAGCUCAACCCAGAGCGUUAUGUUCACAGUUUUAAAGAUUUGUCUAAUUUCUCAGGAUCUAUAAACAUUUCCUAUCGCUACCUAGCUGGCACACCUUUGCCAAGGAAAAGGUAUCUUACAAUUGGACUAUCCUCUGUAAAACGGAGAAAAGGAAACUACUUGCUUGAGACCAUCAAGUCCAUAUUUGAGCAGUCAAGCUAUGAGGAACUCAAAGAAAUUGCAGUGGUAGUACAGCUGGCAGAUUUUGACUCAGCCUGGUGUGAAGGGAUGGUCCAGGAUAUUUCACAGAAAUUUGCACAUCACAUAAUUGCGGGCAGAUUAAUAGUUAUUCACGUCCCUGAGGAUUACUACCCUGUACUGGAUGGCCUUAAGAGAAAUUACAAUGACCCCGAGGACCGUGUGAAGUUCCGAUCAAAACAAAAUGUAGAUUAUGCUUUCCUUCUCAACUUUUGUGCUAAUCUUUCUGACUAUUAUGUGAUGCUGGAAGAUGAUGUUCGCUGCUCAAAGAAUUUUUUGACUGCUGUUAAGAAAGUUAUUACCUCACGAGAAGGAUCCUACUGGGUGACGUUGGAAUUCUCCAAGCUGGGGUACAUUGGAAAGCUUUACCAUUCCCAUGACCUACCACGCCUGGCCCAUUUUCUAUUGAUGUUUUACCAAGAAAUGCCUUGCGAUUGGUUGCUCAUCCACUUUCGUGGGCUGUUAGCUCAAAAGGAAGUGAUACGUUUUAAGCCAUCUCUCUUCCAGCACAUGGGAUACUACUCAUCUUACAAAGGAGCUGAAAAUAAGUUAAAGGAUGAUGAUUUUGAAGAGGAAUCCUUUGAUAUCCCUGACAACCCACCUGCAAACUUGCACACCAAUAUGAAUGUAUUUGAAAACUAUGAGGCAAGCAAGGCUUACAGCAGCAUUGAUGAGUACUUCUGGGGCAAGGCUCCUUCUACUGGAGACUUCUAUGGGAUUGUAUUUGAAAAGCCCAUUAAAAUCAGUAAAAUUAAAGUUGUCACUGGAACUGAAGAUCGGCAAAAUGACAUUUUACAUCACGGGGCCCUGGAAGUAGGUGAAAAGAUUGUAGGCAGUAAAAAAGGAAGACAAUGUACAACUUACUUGAGACUAGGGGAGUUCAAAAAUGGGAAUUUUGAAAUAACAGAUGUAGAGCACAAAGUUCUGUUUGAUAUUAACUGCAUGAGAAUACUUGUUACUAAAAGUCAAAAAGAAUGGCUGAUCAUUAGGAGCAUUAGCGUCUGGACUUCUCAAACACCAAAUCAAUAGAGCGAGGCCACCCGAGAAGGUACAGAGUGCAUACAAUCAACUGGGUCACAACUGGUGCCACUCCCCAGAAAAACAAACACUUCAGCUCUUCACUAGAGACACAGAAUAUCUGGGGAAAAUCACAAAACAAGUAAAGCAAUUUAUUUUUUACCAGUUUGGUCAGGCAAUAUACAAACAUUUAUUUGUUGAAAAUUUCGAAUUUUAUAGAAAACAAAAGGUUCUCAAACCUCUCUUGAGAUCUUUAAACCCUUUUUUUAUUAUUAUUUCUCUGUAAGAGAGAUCUUGUGGACUAUACAGAACAAAAAAAAUCUGUCUUAUAACUGCCAAAAGGUUUGAAUCUAUGAUCAUUAUGUUGUGAAAAGAAAUUGGAUUGCACCUUAUGCACAUAAAAAUUUUAAAUCCUAUGGUAGUAUGCGUUUGUACUGUAGUUGGUAAUGUGUUUCUUUUCCAGGCAGUUGUGACAAGAUCUGUCCUGAAACUGGCAGUUUACUUCUGAGCACUGUAAGAAAAUAAUGUGGCUAGUCAUUGCAACUUCUUGUCAAAAGGGAAUGUAUAAAAUUAUAAAUCUGACAUGACAAUUAUGUAAAAAAUAGAUAAUUGCAUCUGUUUUUCUGUCUCAACAAAUAUCCUUUGUUCUUUUGCCUGGCUCCUUUCACUGAAAUGAGCACUACUUGGAUUCUAUAUUACCUAAGGGACCAAUUUAUUCUCCUUACUUGCUCAAAUUGCCUCACACCAAGCAAGCCUUCUGCUUGACUACCAAUGUCAGUAUCAAACCCAGGUACCUCAAGAGCAGCACUUGUCUCUUAGAGAGGCAUCUCAACAGAUCUCAGCUUCAACACUUUUUGUUCCUUCACGAUAUGGAGAAGUCCCUCUGAGAAAUUUGCAGAUAGCUGAAUACUACAGCAUGGUUUCCAAGGGUUGUCAUACCUUCCAUAUCUACCUGCCCAUGCGUGAUACAAAUGCAAAAUGUGCUGUGUUAAUCAGUUGGGUGUGAAUGUAAUCUCAGUCUGUCCUGGAUGAUCUGUAGUCAACAGAAGAGACACAAAAUUAAGAAUCCUAAUACAAUGAGAAAUUAGCAUGUUUCUUAAUUAGGAGGGUUCUGGGUGUUUGGGUUUUUUUUAAGUUUUCUAAUUCUGAUUGUAUUAGUAUUGUAGACAUCUUCCCACUGCCUCUGGUUAUUUCCUAUAAAUAUAUUUUGCCUGGCUUUAGACAAUAAGCAGAAAGGUUUCUCCAGUCCACAUGACUUCAGUGUUAGCUCUGGGCUUCCAGUGCGUCACACAGGGAAGCUGUAUAGCAUAUGAAUUACACUAUAUGCAUAGAUUUAGAUUAAGAGAAUCUCUGGGGUUUUUUUCCUCUAAGAAAUUCCCUAGAUUGUCUCAGUAGACACACUAAGAAAUACAUGAGUUGCAAGUGUGACAGAGAUGAACAUUCUAUUGUCAAUCUCAUGAAAACUGUGCUUAUCAUCUGAUUGCAUUUAGGAGGUUUAGUUAAACCUGGAAGGCAAGAAUUAAAUUUCAAGAAUGCUUGCACUGACAAAGACUGAACUAGCUACUGGAUGAGUACAUACAAACCUAACAUGGCUAUUUCAGAAGGAUAAAUUAUUUUUAAAAUCUACACAAAAUAUCAAUGCAAUUGAUUUUCCUGGUUCAUAAAUCUGGAGUCUAGCUUUGGCAAAUUACCCAAUACAGAGGUAAGGUAUAUUGUCAAAUAAAUCUUCAGAUAUAUGCUUCUAUCUAAUUCAGAAAAAGAUCUUUUUGUCAAAGAAAGUCUUUGCUUCUUUGUUCCCUAAUAUAUACCUAAAUCUCUGGUUUUUUACAUACAUAUCUUCAAUAAAAUAAAUUAAAAGUGUCAUACGUGUUCAACUUGAAAAGGAAAAUUAAAGCUCUCUUUUAAAAAAGGGAAAUACAUACUAAUUUUAAAUUAUUAUAAAUACUUAUGAAGGACUUACAUUUUAAUAUUGAUAUUCCACAUUUCAAUAAUAAUUUGGGGGUAAUUAGUGAUUAGUCAAUCCCCAUUUUAUUUUAAAUAAGCUGUCAGUCUUCUAUAGAAUCACAGAAUGGUUUGGGUUUAAAAGGACCUUCAGGAUCAUCUAGUUCAAACCCCCCUGCCAUGGACAGAGAUUUCUUCCACUAGAUCAGGUGGCACAGACCACAUCCAGACCAGUAUUGAACACCUCCAGGGUUGAGGCAUUCACAAAUCCUCUGGACAACCUGUUCCAGUGCCUUGUUGUUACCACAAUAAAGAAUUUCUUCCCAAUAUCUAUUUUAAACCUACUUUCAGCUUCAAGCCAUUGCCCCUUGUCCUGCCACUACAUGCCCUGGUAAAAAGUCCUUUUCCAGCUCUGUUGUAAGGUCUCUUUAGGUGCUAAAAGGUCUCCACAGAGCCUUCUGUUCUGCAGCUAAACAACCCCAACUCUGAGCCUUUACUCGUAGCAGAAGUGCUCCAGACCUCCAAUCAUUUUUGUAGCUCUCCUCUGUAUCCACUUGAUCAUUAAUAUGUAAUUCAUUAACUUUCCUUGAUCCCUAACUAUUAGGGCUGAAACAAACAUUAUUAGGUUAAGCAGGAACCUUUACUUUUAUUCAGUGCAAUAUGUCUGAAGCAAUUUUCUAAAUUAGAAAAUAGACUCAAUCCCAAGAUCUCAAAUACUCUUGUAAUCAAAACCACAGACAAUGUGAAUGGCUAGUACAGAUUAAAUGUUCUCAACAUAAGCCUAAGCAAUCUAAAUGGUAUUUUUUAAUUACAAGCUGAACAAAACUGCUUUCCUUUUCAAAAUAACACUUGUAGUGGAUCUCCUCUUUGUCACAAUGGCUUAGCAGCAAGAUCUCUCAUCUGGUUGUUAUCACUUUUGGGAGAUCACACUCAAAAAUGCCCUCAGAGAAAGAUUUCCUUGGCUGUGAAUACUGGUAAGUGCUAAGAAUGAGAGGCAUGCACCAUUCUUACUGUUGAAUUUG